UCUGUUAUGAGACGGCGGCCAUAUUUGCUUGUACGGCUUUCAAGUGUAAUGGUGGAUUUGAAAGCUUGCGACUUUUAACAAUUUUCCUGGUGGCGUACAGGGAAUACAUACCACAAAUUGUAUUAAUUUUGAAGGACAAGAUGCCAUAGUUGCCAUAUAUAAUAUUAAUGGCACUGGAAAGUGAUGCCAUCGGCGUUUAGAAACCGACGUUACCGCUGCCAUCUCAUCCAAAAUGAACACCUUUGGUUGACGGAAUUUUCAAGAAUUGUGGAUUUAUCAAAUUAUUUCUUGAAAUAAUAAUUUAUUUUAAUUUUUCUAACAAUUACCUGAUAUAUCCUACAUAUUGGAGUGAUUGUCACAUCCGAUGUGGCAAGUUAAGCCAAUCAACUUUGUGAACACCGGAGAGUUGCCGACUCGGGUGGACAUGAUGGACUGUUGUGACAAAGCAAAUCGAAUCAACAACGUGUAACACUGUGUUACCCCCAACAUGGGUAGGGAGGGGGACACGGGUUUGACCAAUCCGACCUAUGCAAAAUGGUUGAUUGAAGCUAUUAAGAAAGUUAAACAACAGAAGCAGCGGCCGAGUCUUGAGCGUAUAAGCAAUGCAGUCCGUCAAAACCACAAGGUCAGUAAAGAAUCUAUCGAGGAACAACUUGAGCUCGCUGUUACUGAUGGAAUUGUUCUGAAAACUUAUAACAAGGGAUUGAUCUCUUACAAGGACCCAUCUCGUAUCGUUCAGCUACAGUCUCGAAACCUGAAGAUCGGAAAGAAAGAUGACCUAACUAAAGUCAUCGUAAGAACCGUGAGAGAGUUGGGUGAGGUUGGAGGUUCUAGCCUGAAAAGCAUUGAGAAGUUUAUCAGGAGAAGUUAUAACAUUGAACUGUGUGAUGGAGUUGAUUUGGCACAGCAAAUAAAAUUGUCCAUUAAAUCUGGCAUUCAAAAAGGACUACUGUUGCAGGAUGGAAGAUUCAUUAAACUUGGUACUGCACCUGUCAGUGAAUCUGAUUCUGCUGGCUCCAACAGCAGCAACAGUUUUCACAGCAGUAUUGAUGAUGACAAACACUUCGAUGACAUCAUUUUGCCGUUUGAAAGACACAAAAAACUUGCCAAGCCACUGCCACUUUGUAGCUUCUGUCUAGGACCAGCAGAGAAAAACAGGGACGGCAAAUUUGAAGAACUCAUCUCGUGUGCAACUUGUGGUAGUAGUGGUCAUCCAACAUGUCUCAAAUUUGCCCCCGAACUGGCGAUGAAAGUGAGGAGAUUGCGAUGGCAGUGUAUAGACUGCAAAAGAUGUUCAUUUUGUGGGAAGUCUGGAAAAGAGGACAAUAUGCUCUUCUGUGAUGCCUGUGAUAGGGGAUAUCAUAUGCAGUGUUGUGAUCCACCAUUGAACAAAGCUCCAAAAGGGGCAUGGAGCUGCAACAUAUGUGAUCCAGAUAGGGGUAACAAGAAAGGAAAGAAAUUCCUUGAAAUGGCAGCACGAUAUACACAGCGGCUGAGGGCCAAAGAAAAGGCAGCUAAACUUGAAAAAGCAAAGGCAGUCCUCAGUGCUGCAAGAAAGCAAUAUGAAUCUGUGACUUCUGGGAAGGGCCUACCUAGAGGGCGGCGUCCAAAGCACAGAAUUCCUGGUACUACUUCCAUGUCCUCAUCGUUGUUGAUGGCUACAACAGGGAAUAAUGUCCAUCUGAAACACUACAGGUCCCUGGAAAAUGGUCACAGCAGCAGAGAGGACAAGGAAAACACAAGGGCAGCAGCAUCAACGGCAGAAAAUGGCAAUCAUAGCUCCUCCUCAUCCUCAUGUGAGUCAGACAGUGAUGAGGACUUGAGCAUCUUACAACCUUUCAUGGCUGUCAACAAACCUAAGGGCUUAAUAGAUGGCCUAUCACGCUUCUUUACUCCGUCUAACAAGAGAAAAUCUCGAGUCUCACUUAGUUCUUUAGAAGCUGACUUGGCAGCUCUAGUGUCUAAGCCAAAACCUGGUCGACCCAGCAAAUCGCGACAGGCUGCAAAAAAAUUGUUGAAAAAAUCCAAACUUUUACAAGUGAAUAAAAGACGCAGAUUUCAUAACUGCCCACCAGGUAGUGGUCAGCUUAAGGGCCUUUUUGAUGGCCUUUCACACCUGUUUACUGCACAGGGGGAUAGGAAGCGUAACUUUCCAAUUUACACACCACCAAGGGGCAUGCAAAAGCUCUUGUCAAUACAGACUAGUACACCUAUUCAAGACUCUUUCUUGGAUAUUGAGAUUGAUAAACCAGACAAUCCCUUUGAAUUUACUGGCAUAGAGAGCCCUGUAAUUCUCCCACCUAUCAGGGGUAGGGGAAGGGGAAUUCACAAACCUGACUGGAGUGACUUAGGAUUUCUCUCGACGUCCCUCAACAAGCACAAAGGACGAGGACGAGGGGUUUCCACGCCAACCGAAACCUCUAUUGGCAGAGGGCGGGGGCGAGGCCGUGGACAGAAAAAGGACAAGGAGAGCUCUGCUGCCCCCCUGCCUCACAUGGUGACUGAGGGUGAUAUCGAUCUGUUCAAGCAGGCACAGGAAAAGGCACAGCAGUCGCUCGGACAAAGCUCCAACACAGGAGAUGCUCCGUCCGAACCUCAACACCGAUUUCCACCAUGUAUCGAAUUUGGGAAAUAUGAGAUACAAACAUGGUACUCAUCUCCAUACCCACAAGAAUAUGCCAGGCUACCAAAGUUGUACAUAUGUGAAUUUUGUCUGAAAUAUAUGAAGAGCAGAAGCAUUCUCCAAAGACACAUGAGCAAGUGUGGCCUCCACCAUCCCCCAGCCAAUGAGAUCUACAGAAAAGGAGAUCUCUCUGUGUUCGAGGUGGAUGGCAAUGUCAGCAAAAUAUACUGUCAGAACCUGUGUCUACUAGCCAAGCUAUUCCUCGACCACAAGACGUUAUACUAUGAUGUAGAACCAUUCCUCUUCUAUGUACUAACACACAAUGAUGACACUGGGUGUCAUCUAGUGGGCUACUUCUCAAAGGAGAAACACUGUCAACAGAAGUACAAUGUAUCCUGUAUCAUGACAAUGCCACAGCACCAGAGGAAGGGAUAUGGCAGAUUUCUCAUAGAAUUUAGUUAUCUACUGUCUAGGAUUGAAGGUCAGCCAGGUUCCCCAGAGAAACCACUGUCAGACUUAGGCAAAGUCAGCUACAUGGCAUAUUGGCGCAGUAUCAUCAUUGAAUACAUGCACAAGGUGGCUGAUGAUAAAAUAACUAUCAAAGCCAUCAGUCGUGCAACUGGGAUGUGUCCUCACGAUGUUGCUGGGACCCUGCAGCAGCUGACCUUCAUGGUCAAGAAGGAUGGAAAAAUUGUCAUAUCUGUGAAUCGCAAGAAGAUACAAGAAUACAUGGACAAACUGAAGUUAAAAGCACACCAACGUCUUGAGCUAGAUGCUGAGUGCCUACGCUGGACUCCUUUAAUAUCUAAUCAAACUCUAUUGGAAGAAGAGAAACGUGCUGAGAAAGAGGUGGGUCCAAGGUUCCGUCUGCCAUUUGGAGCUCCUACAACUUCUAGAUACUUUAGGUUACGGGAGAUGAGUGAGGUGGUCAACAGCAUAGCAGAAGACCGACGUCAGUUGCUGGAAGAUUCAAAGCUCAGUCCUGUCAAAGAAGUCCCAAUCAAAAAGGUUGGAAAGAAGCCAGGGAGAAAAAGGUUGAACAGCUUCAAGUCACCCGUUCCAGAACCUAAGAGAUCUCGAAAGAGUCUAAUGACAGAAAUAAGCAACAGCUAUCUUGAAGAUAAACUGAAGAGUGUUCCAAAAACAGAAGAAAAUCUAAACGGCAACAACUGUAAUAAAAUGUCAAACAAGACUCUUAAGAAAGAAAUCAAAGGAAGACCUGAGAUUACACUUCGAAGAAAUGGACAUAUUGUAACAGAACAUGUUGUUCAGAAGCGACGAAAGAGGAAAGGCGGAUGGCCAAAAGGAGUUCCUCGUGGCUCGCCUGUGAAGAAAGACCCAGUGGUACGUCGAGGCCGGCCAGGCAGACCACGAAAGCUUCGCCACAGAACCCUGGUUGAAUCUCAAGUCUCAGGUGCAGAAGAAAGUGAUAACCCAUCAACUCCAGUUCACACAAAAUUGGAAAACAAAAGUGAUACUGAGGAGGAAGAGCCUGAGACAAAACGUGAAGAAGAGGAGGAUGUUGAUGAUGAGGUGACCAUUAAUGGAGACGUCAGUAAGUUGACAGAUGGUAGUGAUGGGGAGAUGGACAUGGAUAUCACGAACACUUCUGUACAGAAUUCAGCCUCACCUGACAAGGCUGUGUCUGCUGUGAACAGCGCGCUGCAGACUCUGGCGCACCGAGCAAGAAUGGUAACGUGGCUGACUGUGAUGACAACAAUGAAGAGAAAGACAAUAAAAGUGAUGAUUCUUCAUCAUCGUCAUCAUCAUCGUCUGAUAGUGACAGUAGUGAUGAUGAUGAAGAUGAUGAUGAUGACGAUGAAGAUGGAAGUCAUGAGGAAGAUGAGAAAAAGUGUAAUGAGGUUGAUACAGAGGUAUCUAUUAAAGCCCCGGUUGAAAGUGAGAAAGUGGUGAAAUCUGUUGAUAUUCAUACAAAUGGAGUUGAAACAGUGAAGGAAAAAGAGAAUGAGGAAACAAAUGAAAGUGCUAUUAAAAGUGAUGAUGAUGA